CGCCAGGGGCGCAGCGGGCGCGGUUCCGGCGGCGGAGGGCGGAGAUGGAGGAGGCGGAGGAGGGCUGGAGAAAGGCCGUGAAAGGAGCAAAGGCUGGGUCCACCUCGCUGAGCUGCUCGGGCAGCUGCUGCUCCUCGCUGGCGAUGGCUGUGAAAGACCCCACAGCUGUUGAGCGAACAAAUUUAUUGAAUAUGGCCAAACUGAGUAUCAAGGGACUCAUUGAAUCUGCCCUGAGCUUUGGCCGAACCCUUGAUUCUGACUAUCCACCUCUGCAACAGUUCUUCGUUGUUAUGGAGCACUGCCUGAAACAUGGCCUUAAAGUAAAAAAGUCUUUUCUCAGUUACAAUAAAACAAUAUGGGGUCCUCUGGAGCUUGUGGAGAAGUUGUACCCAGAAGCUGAGGAAAUCGCUGCUAGUGUUAGAGAUUUGCCUGGUCUCAAGACUCCACUAGGACGUGCCCGAGCUUGGUUACGAUUGGCACUUAUGCAAAAAAAGAUGGCUGAUUAUCUACGAUGUCUCAUCUUUCAGAAGGAAUUGCUUGGCGAAUUUUAUGAAUAUCAUGCACUGAUGAUGGAAGAAGAAGGAGCAGUUAUCGUUGGCUUGCUCGUUGGGUUAAAUGUAAUUGAUGCAAAUCUUUGUGUAAAAGGAGAAGACUUGGAUUCACAAGUUGGUGUGAUUGAUUUCUCUAUGUAUUUAAAGAAUGAAGAUGAUAUUGAAAGCAAAGAAAGAAAUGACCAUAUUGCUGCUAUAUUGGAUCAAAAGAAUUAUGUUGAAGAACUAAACAGGCAGCUGAAUAGCACAGUGAGCAGUCUCCAUACACGCGUUGAUUCGCUAGAGAAGUCAAACACUAAACUAAUUGAAGAGUUAGCAAUAGCCAAAAAUAAUAUAAUUAAACUUCAAGAAGAAAAUCAUCACUUGCGAAGUGAAAAUACACUCAUCUUAAUGAAAACACAGCAUCAUCUAGAGAUCCUACUUGUUCCUUCAAUUACUGGUGUUCCAGAUGUGAACAAAGUGGAUGCUGAAGCAGAACUUCAGACAUACAAGCACUCCAGACAAAGCCUGGAUGACAUGUACAAUGAAGCACACAGGCAGCUUCGAGAAGAAUCACAGUUGAGACAAGAUAUAGAGAAUGAGCUGAUGGUUCAAGUUGGUAUGAAGCAUGAGAUAGAACUUGCAAUGAAGUUGUUGGAGAAGGAUAUACAUGAAAAACAAGACACUCUUAUAAGCCUGCGGCAACAGUUGGAGGAAGUCAAAGGAAUAAAUGUAGAAAUGUACAAAAAGCUACAAGUUUCAGAUGAUGCGCUGAAAGAAAAGAACGAAAUCAUUGGCAGACUUGAAGAUAAAACCAAUCAGAUUACAGCAACUAUGAAGCAGUUGGAGCAAAGAUUACAACAAGCAGAGAAGGCUCAAAUGGAGGCAGAGAGUGAAGACAAGAAAUUUAAGCAAGACUAUAUGAGUAAAUCUGAAAGUCUGCAGAAAGAUAUUACUCAAAAGGAAAAGCAAGUUGGCCAACUGGAAACAGAUUUGAAAAUAGAAAGAGAAUGGCGACAAACUAUGGAAGAAGACCUUAAAAGGGAAAAAGAAACAUCGUCUUCCUUGAAGACAGAGACCCAACAAAUCAUUACUCUUAAAAAAGAGUUCCUAAAAUUACAAGAAAAGAACAAGCAGUUGAAAAAUCUAUGCCAUGAUCAAGAAGAAGCUCUCCAAGAACUGGCUGGCAAACUUAGCGAAUCAAAGCUUAAAAUAGAAGAUAUAAAAGAAGCAAAUAAAACAUUGCAGGGACAGGUCUGGCUAAAGGACAAAGAAGCUACACACUGCAAAUUAUGUGAAAAGGAGUUUUCGCUUUCCAGAAGGAAGCAUCACUGUAGAAACUGUGGCGAAAUUUUCUGUAAUGCCUGCUCUGACAACGAACUGCCUUUGCCAUCUUCGCCAAAGCCUGUAAGGGUUUGUGAUUCCUGCCAUGCGCUGCUCAUACAGAGGUGUUCUUCCAGUGUGCCAUAAGAGUCAUCUACAGAAGAUUUCUAAAAUGUUGUUACUUCACUACAGUGGUAAGAGCUGUAACAUUACAGUAUAAACUCCUGCAGCGCUGGCCAAUGCUUUUGUAUUGUCAAAAUCUAAACAGCCAAUCUUAAAUCUUUGUGCCAUUGUGAUAUUCCUGCAGUGGCAGCAUGUCAUAUUAUGUGAGGUUCUGCUAAUGCAGCAAUUGAUAUGCCUGAUUUUACAAAUGCAUCUGCUUGUGCAACACACUUUAUUGUUCAUCGUAAUGGAUAUAGGCAGAAUGUUUUGUAUUCCCAGCAUUUGCCAUUUUAUCAUGCAGAUGGACCAUUCCAGGACCAAGUGCAGAGUUGUGCAGCUUUGUAUGUUUCAUGGCCCUCCCCACAAAAGCCAUUUAAAUGCAGAAUUGGGAAGAUUACAUAUAAGUAAAUGCAGCUACUUCAUAUACUCCUGGUGACAUAAACUGGCUUUCUUGGACAUUAUCCCUAGAUAGAAGAUUAAGUUUCCAGCCUUGUUAGUGCAGCAGUUUCAAUAUGCAUGUGGUAGCUUAGCUAGAAGAAUGAGAAGGCAAGCAGGUUUUUUGCAUCACUGGACUUCCUGAAAGAACUUUGUCAGGCAGGUCUUUUAAGUACUUUGAGAGGAACUUGCAUAUUGUGCACAGGGCUUUUGAAGAGGAACUAGCAGAAAGCAGGCCAGGUGAGGAGGUUCAGGUGUGAUAAAACUUGUUAGGGAUUUCAGAAAGAAGUUCUUUAGUUAUCCCCAUGGAAUGCUGUAGAACAGCAAUUAUAAAAUGUACUAAAUAAAUACUGCGUGGAAGAGUAGUUAAAGGAUACUGGCCGACUUGAUACUUGCUUUUUUCUUUGUCAGAAAUAAGAUCUUUUUUAACUAAAUGGCCUGAAAAAUAAUACAAAUCAGCAAAGUUAAGAGUUCUCUAGAUAUUUCCACCAGACUGCCUGAAGCUGGGGCGUGAGGAAAUUAUAUAUACAGAAAAAUUGGGGUAAUUAAGAGAUUUAUAUUGCUGAAGUUCAGUUGAUAACACUACACUGUAUACAUUAGAUGAUUUUCUAAAAGGCAUAAAACUUAAAGCAGAAUUAAGAAUACCUACACAAUAAAAAAUGCUUUAAGUACUCCUUUUAAAAACAAGUCUAGCUGAACGUUACUGUAAUUUGAGACUGUACUUAGUAAGUUCACAUGCACACAGAAACCUAAAGGAGGCUUUUCAUACAACAAGGUAGAAUUUGUACCUUGAAGGGCAUAUUAUAUACUUAUGCCUAAUUACUAAUUCUGUUUACAAGCAAACCACCUAUUCUCAUUAACCUUUGAGACAGGAAAUGACUUGUUAGACUAACAAGCAUAGCAAACCUGUGUGCUAAAUGUAAUAAAACACAUCAAUACAAGCCCUGGAUGGGAUUAUUUGUGCCAUUUGAUUUUAUAUGUACAUCCGGUACAGCUGGAAUAGAGGGAAAACAUUAAAUUCACCCUUUGUUUGAGAUUUUUCUUUCAUCUUCAAGAUAGACCCCUGCACAAAACUAAGCCUAAAGAGGAAAUGGUGGUGGCAGUGACAGCAAGUAGCCUUGUUGAGCUGCACAAGGGGCAUUUUUGUGUCUUCAGCACUUGAGUACCACAAAUUUAAGAUCAGGAGGCCUUUACUUGCUUUAACCUGGGAAGAGGUAUCCCACCAGGAAAAUACUUCAUCUUCUUUCUUUGGAACGGCUUCUGUGUCUUUAGCAGUGUAUAGGGAAAUUCAGCAGCUGAUACUGUACCCUCUGCUGUAAAUUUCACCAUGAAGGUGUACUGUGUAUGCUGAAUUUUUGUAUGCCAUAUAAGAGUUGUUAAUGUACAGGAUUCCUAUGCAGCCUGUUUAGUCCUAUACUAGUGGUAUUCCUCAAAGUUGACCCUAAACCUACUCUCAAUUCCCAUCAGGUACAGAAAGCACAAUAAAAGAACCACAACACUACAAAGUUCUGAUUACUAGCCACUUACUCAAACUGCAGUUAGCUUGGAAUAUAUUUAACAUGUUCAGUUCAAAAGGGCAACUUUUCCAUCAGCCUUCUAGCUAACCUGUUUCAGAGAUGGAAGCCAAUGGCCAUUUGAUAAGAUUCUGAGAAAUAAGUUGUGCCUAAUCCCAAAGUUUUAUUAAUUUCCAAACUAUUUGACAGUAUUUCAAGACUGGAAUGCAUCCACAAAAAAGGUAGGCAAGAAAUGCCCUGUGUUUUUGAUACUAGAAAGCUGUUCUAUUUGACAGAAAUUCCUUUUCUUCCAGUGUUUGUCCAUAUUUACCAAAUGGUAAAUUAAAAAUACACUAACAGUGCCGAAUUGACACAUUUUAGUGCUUAGCAUGAGUACCAUAAAUUUAAGAUAAUCAAAUAGCCUUUUCUUGCUUUAACUUUAGAACUAUUUCUUCCACACAAAAAACCCCAUAGAUUUUAGUGGCAUUGAGAAUCCAUUUUCAGACUCACAGCACCCACCAUAAGUUACUUUUCCAUUCCAAUUAGCACUAGUAUGGCAGAUGUGAUGUACUGACUACUUGCUGGGAUCUUAAUGGACAGGUUUUUUUAACGUCUUAAUAACCUGCUCAUCCUCAGUUUUUGUCAUGAUGUUUGGGUCAAGGAAGCUAUGAGACUAACUCACCCUAGUAGAAACAGAGAUGAGAUUAGACUUGCCUUUUUUCAACAAAAUUUCUAUCAUUCCUGCCACUACUGAUUUAGCUAUUUCAGAACAAGCUUUCAAUAUCAAUGGUGCAUGUGUGCCAAGAAUUUUUUGACUAGUACAGCUUUUGUAAGUUUUAACAUGACAUUUUUGUAACUUUAAAUACGAAUGUUUGUAAUCUUGUGGUUUGGACAAAUUAAAUAUUUGAGAAAUUUUCA